UUCACAUUAAGCAGAAGUCAGGCGGGUUACAACACAUUGCAGAAGUGGUAAAUAUUCCUCCUUCUAGUCUAAAACCCUAUAAAAAGAAGGAAGAGGAGAAGGUAUUCCUCCCUCUGCUCCUUUGGAAAUUCUGAGCAACAGAGUGAUAAGGAAUCAUGGUCAUAAGUUGCAACACAGGCUGUGGGAAAAAUGCUGUAUUAAAGCGUCCCAAAACAGGUGAUGCGUUGUGUAAAGAAUGCUUUUUCUGGGCCUUUGAGGAGGAAGUUCACCACACAAUCACAGCAGCAAAACUCUUCAAUCCAGGAGACUAUGUAGCCAUUGCAGCCUCAGGAGGAAAAGAUUCAACCGUUCUGGCAUAUGUUAUGAAGUUAUUAAAUGAGCGUUAUAAUUAUGGACUGAAGUUAGUUCUCCUGUCCAUUGAUGAGGGGAUUACAGGUUACCGAGACGACAGUUUAGAGACAGUUAAGCGGAAUGAGCAGCAGUAUGGAAUCCCCCUCAAGAUAAUGUCGUAUGAGGAACUGUAUGGGUGGACAAUGGACCGCAUUGUUGAAAAGGUUGGACGCAAGAACAACUGCACCUUUUGUGGUGUGUUCAGGAGGCAGGCGCUUGACCGCGGGGCGACCCUGUUACAGGUGGACAAGAUUGUGACAGGGCACAAUGCUGACGAUAUAGCGGAAACAGUCUUGAUGAACAUUCUACGAGGAGACAUUGCCAGGCUUCAGCGGUGCACUGCCAUUGUUACUGGUAAUGACGACACCAUUGCAAGGUCAAAGCCUUUCAAGUACACCUAUGAAAAAGAGAUUGUGAUGUAUGCCUACUUCAAGAAAUUAGACUAUUUUUCCACAGAAUGCAUUUACUCCCCAAAUGCUUACCGAGGUCACGCACGAGCUUAUCUCAAGGACCUGGAAAAGAUCAGGGCUACGGCUGUCAUUGAUGUGAUCCACUCAGGAGAAUGCCUCUCUGUGCGUGAAGGAGUUAAACUACCUACCCAGUCAACAUGUGAACGGUGUGGUCACGUGUCUUCACAGCCAGUAUGCAAGGCUUGUGUUCUACUGGAAGGGCUUAACAAAGGACGACCCAGGUUAGGCAUUGGCAAGUCGUCCAAGGUCCAGGAACGACUUGGAGAGAACCACAAGAAAGAAAAGGAGAAGAAGGGUUCUAAGCAUAUCCCCAAUGGUGUGGCUGCAGAAGGGCAUGCGGAGAUCAAGAGUUUAGAUUUCUAGGGGAACUUCUGUUUUAUGUUAUUUGUUAAUUCAUGCAUCGGCAUGAUUAAUUUUUUAGAAAAUAUAUUAUUGUAAGGAGUGAUGUUUGAAUAUAUUUUAUCUUAUAA